UAAGAAGCCUGUCUCUUGGUGCAGUCCAGAACCUCCAGCCUCAUGGAUCCCAGGAUCCCACAGAGCGUCGCGCCUUUGACUCCCAGCUCAGUCAUGGUGCAGCCCAUCCUUGACAGCCGAGGGACCCACAGCCGGCCCCAGCAUCCUCUCACCAUCUUAUCCAUUGACCAGCUAAGGCCCAGCCACGCGGAGAAUGACUACAUAGACAACCCUGGCCUGGCCCCCACCACAGACCGAGAGCUGGCUCGUGCCAGCAGUGACGAUGAUGUUACUCACCACUGGAUCAUCAUCAACGACAGGCCCAGCUCUGUAAGCAGCAGCAGCAGCAGCGCUUCCGUAGACCAGAGUCUGCUAGACCGCAUGGCUCUAUCACCAGUGCCUGAGCAGGCCUCAGCCACGGCUGUGUGCCUCCAGCCCAAAGCCGUCCAUCGUAAGCCACUGUCAGAGCUAGACAAGCACUUCUUGCUGUGUGAGGCCUGUGGGAAGUGUAAGUGCAAAGAGUGUGCGUCCCCUCAGAAGUUGCCCUCCUGCUGGGCCUGCAACCAGAAAUGCCUUUGUUCCGCCCAGAACCUGGUCAACUAUGGUACAUGCAUGUGCCUAGUGAAAGGUCUCUUCUACCACUGCAUUAAUGAGGAUGAUGAGGGCUCCACCGCUGACCAUCCCUGCUCCUGCUCCUGCUCCCGCUCCAAAUGCUGCACCCGCUGGUCCCUCAUGAGUGCCCUUUCUGUGGUGCUGCCCUGUCUGCUGUGCUACCUGCCGGCCACGGGCGGUGUCAGGCUGGCCCAGUACGUCUAUGACCGCCUGAGACGCCCUGGUUGCCGCUGCAAGCAUGAGAACAGUGUUAUCUACAAGGCAGCCAGCGGGGACACAGAGGACAAGCCUUGA